CCUCCACCAAUCUUUAUCACUUCAAUCAAUUACUCAGUGAAACAACCUAAACAACUCGAAAAGAACACACAAGUACAAGAACGGUCCAAAAAAAUAAUACACAAAUUAAAGAUCCAACUCGUUUACUGGAAAAAAAAAAGACAGAAAAAAACGGAGGAUACAUGCAAUUAACUACUCAGUCAAUCAAUGGAAUCUGAAAAUCCCCUUUCACCAUCAACAAGUCAGAACCGGCCCAGAGAGGUCCACACCAAGCACCUCACCGAGCUCGAACGCUUUCGCGUGCGGACCCUCUACUAUGACGCCGCCAUGAGCAAGAAGCGCAUCUCCGAGGUCACCAACUACUCUCUCAGCCAAAUCCGCACCGCUAUUCGUGCUAAGUCCGCUGCUGUACCGCCGCGUUCUGGCCGUCCGAAAAAGGAACGUGAUGUCCAAUCACCCGCGGAUGCGGACGGUGCUGGCUCAUCUGCUCAAGGGACGCCCGCAAAAAAAUCCAGCACCUCUACCUCUGCAAAGGCUCCACAAGCACCAACCAAGAAGAAGCGUAAAUCCAGGGCCAAGAUAUCUCUCUUCAGCCAGCUCCCUCCUUCCGUACGGCAGUACAUAUGGUACCUCGUGCUCACCCUCCCCCCACCCUCCACUUCCACUUCCCCUUCUCUCUUACCUCCCUCCCCAACCCCAUCCUCCGCCCUCUCCCUCCCCUUCUGGCUCACCCCUCUCGCGCACCCUCCCCACCUCCUCGCCGGCGUCUUCCCCGAGCACUGGGCCACCUGCAUCCCGCUGUACCAGACGGUACGCCAACAACGGGCCCGCGUCCUCGGCGCCGUGAACCGCGAGGCGCGCCGCGUCGUCCUCGACACCCUGACCCCCGUGUGGUGCGAGUCCGGGCAGCGCUGCCUCGGCGCCUCCGUCCCCGUCGUCUGGCUCGACACCCUCCACGACAACCUGUACUACCGCGACAGCGGCGCCGUCGACGACCUCGGCGCUCUGCUCGAGAAAGCACGAGCGGCGGUGCUGCCGCCGCUACCGCCGCCGCCGCGGGUCAUCGGUCCGUCGACGCCGAACCGGGGGGCCCCUGCUGGCGGUAUCAAGAUCAUCAGCGGUCCUAGGUUCCAAUAGUACCUACCUAGCAGAAGUAUCAUGCCUACCUACCUACUUAGUAGUGACGUCAAAAGAGUGAACGCGAAGUGCUAUCUACUGCUACAUGUAGAGGCAGGCAUCUUACUACUAAGUCGUGGGAACCCAUUGUACACACAUGUACUUUUAUGUGAAUAUUCGCCGUAUUCCAUUGCAUCUACGGAUUCUUUCUUAUUUCAGGUAGCGAAUGGCUUUCAGGGUUGCAUUGUUUACUACCUGCCUAGGUUAGGUACCUACUAGGUAGAGUACCUAGCUAACCUACUACGCAAUCUACCUUGACUCGAGUACCUAGGGGCAUGAUCAACAACAAUUAUUCAUUCAGCAUCUGCAGUCUUCAGAACACUUCUACAAGAAAGUUUGCAUCCACGAUCCAUAUGAUUGAUUUCGUCAACUACCUAAUGCAUGUACCUCUUUGCCUAAUUGCUUGUCUGCCUGCCUAAGUACACAUUCAAGGGUUGGGGGGUGCUGUGCUAGUACCACAAAUUCAUUUCGCGAAGACUCCUCCGCAAUGCAAACCGCAUAGUCAUGAUCCGCCGACAAUA